AUGAAAUUUGUUCUGGUCCUCGCUGCCCUUGUGGCCGUUUCUGUAGCUGCCCCCCAAGGAUCGGUACCCACGCCAAUCCCAGUGCUCCAAUUCGACGAAAACCGCGACGAAAGCGGACAAUUUUCGUUGACCUACCGAACUGGAAAUGGAAUCCUCGUAACACGUCAGGGAUCAUUGAAGCCGACUCCUGACGGAAAGGACCACGUUCUGAUCCAAUCCGGAUCCCAAACUUACACUUCCCCCGAUGGAAAAAAGAUCACAGAGACCUGGUCUGCAGAUGAAGAUGGAUACAAAGCCGAGGGUGACCAUAUCCCCGUACCCCCGAGCCCUCUUGCCUAA